UACAUUGGCUAGUUAAAUAUUUAUGCAUAGUUGCUUGCAUCACACUUAAGAACCGCUGUUAAUUGAACUAGUUUCAUUUCUAGUGUCAUGUUGAGACUAGACCAAAACGUUAUCUAGCAACGAUAAAACACUGCUACAAUCUUUUCCCAAAUAAGAGUGAGUUAUUACGUAGGAGCUACUCUACUGCUAAGCAUUGCCAUCGAAGAUUCGAAAUUGCAAAGUUCUCAAAUUAAUAUUCUUUAGCGCAAGACAGGAUUUUUCAUAGCUACAAUCAAGCAUGAAGUGAAAAUGAAAACAUGGGUAGUUUUCCAAUUACUACUAAAGCACGUUAAAAGAUUGGCCAAUGAAAAUUUAGCCUUGUUUGGACCUAGAAUAUCACCAUCAUCCCAUUCAAUUUCUAAACAGAACUACCAAAAUGGGAACUUCAGCGUUGUUAAGCGACACGGGCUUCCCAUUACUCCAUAUGCUCCUGCAAUGUUAUCGCAUUGUCAUUGUUUUUGCAGCGUCAUUCAGCUGUUUGACGAAAUGCCACAAAGAUAUAUACAUGGGAGAGAGAUCCAUUUUGAGCUUGUUGAUUACAUCAAAUUGUGCCUCAAAAAACCCAAAAUUGUGACUGCCACUGUUGCCCAUUGUGCAGCCUUAAAGAUAGGUGCUCUAGCUCACCUCCCCACUUCAACAUCUCUACUCACUAUUUAUUCCAAGGCUGGAGACUUUACCUCUUCAAAGGGUUUGUUUGAUGAGAUUCAGAAUAGAGAUGCGAUUGCUUGGAAUGCUAUUGUUGCAGCAUCUCUUGAAAAUAAGUGUUAUAGGAUAGCAAUGGACUUCUUUGAUAAAAUGAUCAAGGCCCAAACUGGGUUUGAUUCUACUACUCUAUUGCUUAUUGUAUCAGCUUCCUUACACAUGAAAAACUUUGAUCAAGGACGCGCAAUUCAUUGUGUGAGUAUAAAAUCUGGAAUGCUUGUGGAUAUCAGUUUAGGUAAUGCUCUUGUUGACAUGUAUGCCAAGUGUGGUGAUCUAAGCUCUUCUGAGUGCCUAUAUGAAGAGAUUGAAUGUAAAGAUGCAGUUUCAUGGAAUUCAAUUAUGAGAGGCAGUCUUUACAACCGUCAUCCAGAAAAAGCAUUGUGUUACUUCAAAAGAAUGAGUUUUUCUGAAGAAACAGCAGACAAUGUCAGUCUAUGUUGUGCCAUUUCCGCGUCUUCAAGUUUGGGAGAGCUGUCUUUUGGUCAGUCCGUUCACGGUCUGGGAAUCAAGCUAGGCUACAAGUCACAUGUUUCAGUUGCCAACUCUCUCAUUUCAUUAUAUUCACAAUGUGAAGACAUCAAGGCUGCUGAAACACUAUUCAGAGAAAUAGCACUUAAAGAUAUUGUUUCCUGGAAUGCAAUGAUGGAAGGAUUUGCUUCAAAUGGAAAGAUUAAGGAAGUGUUUGAUCUUCUGGUUCAAAUGCAAAAAGUAGGGUUUUUCCAGCCUGAUAUAGUGACAUUAAUUACCCUACUUCCACUUUGUGCAGAACUGAUGCUCUCCAGAGAAGGAAGAACUAUCCAUGGAUAUGCAAUUCGAAGACAGAUGAUAUCUGAUCAUGUUAUGUUACUGAACAGUCUGAUAGGCAUGUAUUCAAAGUGCAACCUAGUGGAGAAAGCUGAGCUCUUGUUCAAUUCUACUGCAGAGAAAGACACAGUCUCAUGGAAUGCAAUGAUAUCUGGCUAUUCCCAUAACAGGUAUUCUGAAGAAGCUCAAAAUUUGUUCACAGAGAUGCUACGUUGGGGUCCAAAUUGCAGCUCAUCAACUGUUUUUGCUAUUCUUUCAUCCUGCAACUCCCUUAAUAUUAAUAGUAUCCACUUCGGAAAAUCAGUUCACUGCUGGCAGUUGAAAUCUGGAUUUUUGAACCACAUUCUUUUAAUAAAUAUUCUCAUGCACAUGUAUAUCAAUUGUGGGGACCUGACAGCCAGUUUCUCAAUUUUGCACGAGAAUUCUGCUUUAGCAGAUAUAGCUUCAUGGAACACACUAAUUGUGGGGUGUGUUCGAUGUGACCAUUUUAGAGAGGCUCUAGAGACUUUCAACUUGAUGAGACAGGAACCUCCUCUAAACUAUGACUCUAUAACCCUUGUUAGUGCCUUGUCUGCCUGUGCAAACCUGGAACUAUUCAACCUAGGGAAGUCUCUUCACGGCCUUACAGUUAAGUCUCCUUUGGGAUCAGAUACUCGGGUUCAGAACUCGUUAAUUACCAUGUAUGACAGAUGCAGGGACAUCAAUAGUGCCAAAGUAGUGUUUAAAUUCUUCUCAACUCCCAAUCUGUGCUCAUGGAAUUGCAUGAUCUCAGCAUUAUCUCAUAAUAGAGAAAGUAGAGAGGCACUGGAACUAUUUCUCAAUCUUCAGUUCGAACCAAAUGAGAUCACCAUUAUUGGUGUUCUCUCAGCUUGCACUCAAAUUGGUGUCCUAAGACAUGGAAAACAAGUUCAUGCCCAUGUGUUCAGGACUUGCAUUCAAGACAAUUCUUUCAUAUCAGCAGCUCUUAUAGAUUUGUAUAGCAACUGUGGAAGAUUAGACACUGCCCUCCAAGUAUUCAGACAUGCCAAGGAGAAGUCAGAAUCAGCUUGGAAUUCAAUGAUUUCUGCAUAUGGAUACCAUGGAAAGGGUGAGAAAGCAAUCAAACUCUUUCAUGAAAUGUGUGAGUCAGGAGCAAGGGUGAGCAAAAGCACUUUUGUUAGCCUUUUAUCAGCAUGCAGCCAUUCUGGACUUGUGAACCAAGGUCUUUGGUUUUAUGAGUGUAUGUUGGAGAGAUAUGGAGUACAACCUGAGACUGAGCAUCAAGUUUAUGUGGUUGACAUGCUAGGAAGAUCAGGUAGACUAGAUGAGGCUUAUGAGUUUGCUAAGGGGUGUGACAGCUCAGGUGUGUGGGGAGCUCUCCUAAGUGCAUGCAACUAUCAUGGAGAACUCAAGUUGGGGAAAAAAAUUGCUCAAUAUCUCUUUCAACUUGAACCUCAAAAUGUUGGACAUUACAUAUCUUUGUCAAAUAUGUAUGUUGCUGCAGGAAGCUGGAAAGAUGCUACCGAGUUGAGACAAUCUAUCCAGGACUUGGGUUUAAGAAAAACCGCAGGUUAUAGCCUUGUAGAUGUUGGUUUGUGAUAAAAGGAGAAUUGCUUUUAUUUUUUCUAGAGAAAGCUAUUUCACUUCUAGUUCAAGGCCAACACCUCGGCAUAAAUAAUUGUGUUUACAGAUUGCAACUAUUAAUGAACAAAAUUUAGGUAGGUAUUCUUACUUUUUUU